CACCAUGUCCUCCGAAGCCUUUAACAGCGACUUGAAACAAAAGCAAGACGACGAUGAACCUAUCAUCUUUGCGCCAAAGACCUACCAGUACGACAUUUACUCUCUCGACGUGUCUGAUGUCAACCCAGACCCGUUCGAACAGUUUCACAAGUGGUUUGACGAGGCCACGCGCUCCACCGAGCCGAUUCCGGAGUCGGUCAAUUUUGCCACCUGUGAGUUACCUUCCGGGAGAGUCUCCAACCGUACGGUGUUGCUCAAGGAGUUGGAUCACCGCGGUUUCAUCAUCUACUCCAACUGGGACUCUUCCAAGAAGGCCCAGGACAUCAACUCUAACCCCCACGCCGCCAUGACCUUUUUCUGGAAGUUGAGUCAGAGACAGGUGAGGGUUGAGGGCCGCACCGAGUUUGUUUCCGCCGAAACAUCCCAGAGGUACUUUAACACCAGGCCGCGCGGCUCCAAGGUUGGCGCCUGGACCUCCCCACAAUCCCAGGUUAUUUCCGGGAGAGAAGAAUUGAACGAGUUGUACAAGGAAAGCAGUAUUAAGUUCAAGGAUUUGAGGGACCACGAAAUUCCAUGCCCGCAGUUCUGGGGAGGCGUGCGAGUGGUUCCGCUCGAGAUUGAAUUCUGGCAAGGUAGACCAAGCAGGUUGCACGACCGAAUCGUCUUCAGACGGGCAUCCGAGAACGACGCAUGGAAGGUUGUUAGAAUCGCCCCAUAGGUGUAAGCGUUAUUCCUUACACUAGUCUAGAGUUUUAUGUAAAUAGAAUACGAUAAACAAAGAUUGGGUAUAUAUAAAAAGGUUAUUGAGGGGGUUAGUAGUACUUUAUGGAAGGCUGGAUUUAUACAUACCGUUAGAGUUUCUCGUUAAUCAAAGUCGAGUCAAGCCGCUGUCUGUCAGGGUUGGCCAUCU